CCUUGUGACUGUGCAUGCCUUGAGGAGGCCGGUCCCAAGCGGCCGUGCAAGCAGGCAAAUCUUCCUAUCGGCUCCCUCCCCAGUCUCACCUUCCCAGAUUUUAUACUCCACUGGCUGCACCUGCACGUCCCAUUUCCUCCCUUUCUCCUUCCUCCUCUCGUGAGCCAUGAAUGAGCUCUGCGACCUCAAGGUGCACAUCAAUGGCCAUCACACGCUUCAUCUCCACCAGAGCGUCAUGUGCGCCUUCUCGGGGAGGCUGAGGACAAUGGUGAAGCAGGAGAAGAAGAAGGCGAGCAGAAAGGAAGCCUUGUCUAUCAAGCUCGCCGAUUUCCCGGGCGGCGCCGAGGGCUUCGAGCUCGUCGCCAGGUUCUGCUACAACAAUGGCCGCGUCCUGCUCUGCCCCUCCAACCUCCCGCUCCUGCACUGCGCCGCCGUGUUCCUGGAGAUGACCGAGGAGGUGUGCCCCUGCAACCUGCUGGCGCAGGCGGAGGCCUUCGUGAACGGGCUCUACUACUGGACCUGGGCCGACGUGCUCACCGCGGUCAAGAGCUGCGAGCCAUUCGCCGCGGCGGCCGACGCCUCCGGCCUCCUCGAGAGGCUCAUCUCCGCGCUCUUCUCCAAGAUUACUGCCAGCCCAGAGACGCCCACCGCCAUCGCCGCCGUGGGGACGCCGAACCGCUCCUCGUCGUCAUGCUCCUCGUCGCCGGACACGGUGGGCUUCGGCCGGUCGUCGUCCACCAAGACGCCGGAGUCGAUGUGGCCCUGCGUGGGCAGGGAGUGGUGGUUCGACGACAUGACGUCGCUGUCCCCGCAGACCAUCGAGAAGGUGAUGCGAGUGCUCGGGUGCUACGGCAUCGAGAACAAGAACCUGAUACUGACGCGGUUCCUGCUCCACUACCUCCGCGCGGCCACGCGCAGGCCGGCGCUGGUGCUCUGCAAGGAGGCCACCCUCGCCGGCCUCGCGGACACGGCCGUGCACGGCGUGGCGCUCGUCGGCGGCACGGCGUUCUCGUGCCGGGGCCUCUUCUGGGUGCUGAGAAUCGUGUCGGCCGUGGGGCUGAGCAAGGAGUGCAGGCACAAGCUGGAGAGGCUCAUGGGCCUGAUGCUGGACCACGCGACGCUGGACGACCUCCUUGUCUCCGGCGACGACGGCGGGGUCUACGACGUGAACCUGGUCAUGAGGCUGGUCAGGGUGUUCGUGGGCUCCGAGGAGGAAGCCGACGCGCCGUCGCAGAGGAUGAGGAAGGUGGGGAGGCUGAUCGACAAGUACCUCGGGGAGAUCUCGCCGGACCAUGCAUUGAAGGUGUCCAAGUUCCUCGCCGUCGCCGAGAGCCUGCCGGACUCGGCCAGGGACUGCUAUGACGGCGUGUACAGGGCAUUGGACAUCUACCUCGAGUCGCACCCGGCACUGUCCCUGGAGGAUCGCACGACGCUGUGCCGGUGCCUGAACUACGAGAAGCUCACCCUGGAGGCGUGCAAGGACCUGGCCAAGAACCGGCGGAUCCCGCCGGGCGUGGCGGUGCAGGCGCUGGCCUCGCAGCAGUGCAAGCUGCAGAUCAGCAAGCCCGCCGCUGCCGCGGCAGCCAAGGAAGGCCGGGCCGACCCGUCCCGGACGACGCCGAGGAGGGUCGCCGGCCGCGCGAGCGCGCGCACCCGCAGCGUGAGCGUGGACCUGGACGGCGGCGGCGACGAGAAGGAGGUGCUGCGGCUGAACCUGCAGAGGAUGCAGAGCCGGGUGGUGGAGCUGGAGCGGGCGUGCAAGGAGAUGAAGGGCCAGAUGUCCAAGAUGGCCAAGGGCAAGUCCUCCUUCGGCGCCGCCUCCUGCCACCAGACCGGCGGCAGGGGCCUGCCGAGGCUGUGCUGAAACUGCUAAUGGAGCAGGAGCUUCUUGUGGUAAGAGACUGUCACAUAGUAGCUUGCAGAUUUUCCUCCUGAUUGAUCCCUUUUUUGUAAAGCUGAUUACUCCGUGGUGCAUUGGUCCUUUUUUACUUUGUGUGGUGUUGGCUGCGAGUGAGAUAGAUGAGCAAGAAUGAGAGGGAUGUAAAGUUUUUACCCUUGUCCCUUUUUGCUUCCUUAGUUUCUUCUAUUCUUUUCCUUUACCCUGGAACCUCACUCUCACUCCGAUUGAAGGGGGUAACUAAAAAUGCAUCCUUUGGACA